AUUUACCAUAAAAAUUCAGAGGCAAACCCGAAUUUACCUGAAAAUAAAUCAUUUGCUCUAUCAAACUUCACCACCAGUGACGGCGUUCGGCGGUGAAGAGCAAGCAAAACACAGAACGGUGCUCAUGGAAGAAUUGCAGAGAGCUCUUGAAAAUCGCGGCUUAACCGUUUCGAAUCUUCCGGACAAAGGCCGCUCCCUCUUCACCACCAGAGACUUCUCUCCAGGGGAAGUGAUAAUCCUCCAGGAGCCGUACGUUUGCGUGCCGAACAACUCCCCGGCGGAAUCCAGGUGCGACGCUUGCUUCCAAUCGAGUAAUCUCAAGAAAUGCUCGGCUUGUCAGGUUGUGUACUAUUGUUGCAGCUCAUGCCAGAAGUUUGAAUGGAAGCUGCAUCGUCUGGAAUGUGAAGCUCUCUCGAAGCUUCAGAAGGAGAGACGGAUGGCCGUCACGCCGUCGAUUCGUCUCAUGAUCAAGCUCUACCUCCGAACCAAAUUGCAAGCUGAGAAGAUCAUUCCUUCUUCUGCUGUGGACAACUAUAAGUUGGUGGAGGCGUUAGUUGCUCACAUGUCAGAGAUUGAUGAGAAGCAGCUGGUGCUGUAUGCUCAGAUGGCUAACCUUGUCAGCUUGAUACUUCAGUGGCCCGAUAUUAAUAUAAAGGAGAUUGCAGAAAACUUUUCCAAGCUUGCAUGCAAUGCACACACAAUUUGUGACAGUGAAUUGAGACCCCUGGGCACAGGGCUAUAUCCUGUCGUUUCCAUUAUUAACCACAGCUGCCUGCCCAAUUCUGUUUUGUUAUUUGAGGGACGAUCUGCUGUCGUACGUGCUGUGCAGUAUAUACCCAAAGGUGCUGAGGUGUUGAUAAGUUACAUAGAAACUUCUGGAAGCACUAUGACUCGGCAGAAGGCACUUAAAGAACAAUACCAUUUCACUUGCACAUGUCCCCGCUGCAUUAAAGUGGGUCAGUAUGAUGAUAUCCAAGAGAGUGCCAGUCUUGAAGGUUACCGAUGCAAGGAUAAGGGAUGCAGCGGCUUUUUGAUUCGCCAGUUUGAUGGUGAUGGGUUCAUGUGCCAGCAAUGUGGACUUGUUAGGAGCAAAGAAGAGAUAAGGAAGAGAGCAAGUGAACUAAAAUCAUUGUCAGACAAGGCUCCUUUAUCUACAUCCUCUUGCGAUUACCAGGAAGCUAUAUCUGGGCUUAAGGCAAUUGAGACACUGCAGAAGAAACUGUAUCAUCCGGUUUCAAUCUCUUUGAUGCAAACUCGGGAGAAGCUUUUAAAGAUUUUGAUGGAGCUGGAAGACUGGAAUGCAGCUUUAGCAUAUUGCAGAUUGACCAUUCCAGUGUAUCAAAGAGUAUAUCCUGGUUGUCAUCCUUUGCUUGGAUUGCAAUAUUAUACAUGCGGGAAGCUCGAAUGGUUACUAGGAGACACGGAGAACGCUGUCAAAUCCCUGACCAAGGCCGUAGAUAUUCUGCGGAUUACUCAUGGGACAAGCACACCUUUCAUGAAGGACCUAUUGAUGAGGCUGGAGGAAGCACGCGCCGAAGCUUCUUAUAAACUUUCAUCAGAAGAGUAGAAGACAUCUGCUGUGCUCCCUGUAAACUUGCUUACUCGUUUCUGGAUUUGUGCACACCACCCUACUCGUGCACUCCAAACAGACUUUUCUUUUUAAAUUUAGAAAGUUUAUAGUGCACGAUUGAACAAUUCUCUAUUCUUAUAGAAGCAAGUAUGGUGAUGCCCGCCACUCUAUUUAUCAUGGUUAGAUGAGUUUAAAAUUUCGAGAUCUGUGCAGUGAAUAGACAUAAAUCUCAAAAUUUAAACUUAUUCAAGGGUGAUGAAUAGGGUGGUGAGCAAAUAUGCACCCGGUGGUCGCACUUUUUUUGUAUUGGCAAGUAUUUCUUAAAAUAUCUCUCCACACCAUUAUUCA